GAGAAUAACAAAAUUUUUAUAACAAAGUUAUAAAAUUUUUACCUUAAAGAAUUUGAAAUAUACUUGUAAUUAAUAAAAAUAAUAAUUAUAAGAAAUUACCAAAUAUGUUUGCUGAAGUUGAUGUUUUCAUUAGCAAUUAUACUUUAGUAGAUCCCGAAAUAUAUCAGUUAUGGAUUGAAGGAUAUUCUUCUAGUGAUGCUGUUUCAUUUUUAAAACAAAAAGGAUUUGAUCAAUUUAUGGGCGCACCAUUAGAAUUAAUUGCUUCAGAUGUUUUAGAUCAUUAUCGUACUUAUUCUUUAAUUGAACGUUUAUUAUAUACACCAACAAAACUUCAAGAGCAACCUUCAUUUCAAUUAGAACCACAAACAAGAAAUUUAUUAAUUGAAAAAUAUUAUUCAUUAGAUGAUAGUGUUGCACGAGAAAUUCUUGGUAAAAAAUUAACAUCAAGAUAUCGUAAAGAUUUAGAUGAGGUUUCUGAUAGAACAUGCGUCCGCCUAAAAUCAUGUAGACGGCAAUUUGAUAAUGUAAAAAGAGUGUAUAAGGCAGUAGAAGAAAUGCCCGGCAAUAUAACAAAUAAUAUUAAACAAUUAUUUUUAUUACCGGAUGAAUUGGCAAAAAAAUACGCUACCGUUGUAUUUCUAGCCUGUUUACGUUUUGAAACAACAAAAAGAAGAUUAUCAUAUUUAACAUUCUCAGAUUUCUUUGAUUGUUCACAAGCUAUAAUGACAUUUUGGACAUACACAUAUCAACAUUCUGGUCCAGAAUAUUAUGAUACAGAAAUGGAUAAGGAAUUUCUAUUAGAUCUUCGAGAAUUAAGAUUUUUAUUGGAUAAAGAAAAAGAAAUAAAACAUCUUGUUUCGCUGAGGCUUAAACCGGUUUUAUUGGAAAAAACUUAUCAUGAAUUAGAUACAAAUUUUAGAUCAUAUUGGAGAUCAUUAAUAACAAUUGCAUGUAAUUUACAUAGAACUCGUGAAUUACGUUGUAUAUUUGUAGAAUUUGCUGAAAAAUUAAUUGAUCCAUGGCGUACAAAUAAUUGGAAUUUAGAUCAAGUAAAGCAAUUUUUACCAGCAGUUACACAAAGUGUAUUAGAUUUAGAAAUAUCAAGGGAUCAAGAGACAAGAUGUUUAUGGGAUAGAUAUAUGCAAGUUGUUAGCAUAUGUUUAGUAAAAAUGUUCCACAAUUAAAAUAUAAAUUAUUUUGCAAUAAUUCACAAAAUUUCGUCACAAUUUUUCAAAUAGCUAAUAAGAUUUAAUUAUGUAUUUUAUUAGAAAAAUUAAUUUAAGAUUAAAAUUAAUAUAAUAUGUAUGUACAUUACAUAAUUUUCCUCCAUGUAUCACUCAAUACUCUGGUCCUUAAACAUUUUUCGUU